UUAAUUCCGUCCGCGACAAUCGUUGAGAGCAGAAGUGUCGAAGCCUUGUGUGAAAAUAGUUAAAAUACGCACACGGAAUAAUAACUGCAUUAGUGAGUGAUUUUAAGUGCAUAAGGGUGAAUAUCGCUCCCAAUAACAAACACCGUUACGCAUCGUUCGUGUGAGACGACAUUCAAAGUGUAUAGUGCUUUCCUUGUUUCGCACCGCAUCUACCGGUCGCGUCAGCGGAGUGCCCUUCCACACCUCCUCCGGUUAAAGGAUAGAAGCAUAGUUUUGGCUUUAUCACACCUGUAUACGAGCUGCGCACACUCACAAUGUCCCUCCAACACACACCUCCAAACAAAUUCGCCUCAGACACAAACAUACCUACAUCGGUGUGCCUGGAAGAUGAUGCCUUCAUACUAAGUGUACGCAAACGUAAAAAACAACCCGACAGUGACGACACACAGGAGAGGUUAAGCAAACAGCUUUCAGAGCAGGAAUCCAAAAUUACAGACUGCAUAACGGCAGCAGUGAACUCCGCGUUGGAGAGAGAGAUGUCUAAGGUUUCGACUUUAUUAACAGAAAUCAAUGCCAACGUCAUGAAACUGACCACCGAUAACAUCUCAAUCAACAAAACCCUCUCGGAAACUAACAACAGACUGAGCGAAAUGGAGAAAUACUUGAACUUUUCUUCGGACCGCCAGGAUUCAUUUGAAAGUCGCCUAAAGGUUAUAGAGGAGAAGAACACUAGUACGACUGGGCUGGAAAAUCAAAUUAUAACACUUGAAAACCAGAUGUCAAGAUUGGAGCAACAGGCCAGACAGUGUAAUAUUGAAAUAGCUAACUUGCCCGAGCGGCGUGGAGAAAACCUUAUUAGCAUCCUUGAAAACCUGGGUGACGUCAUCAAACAGCCGAUCCGAGCCUGUGACAUCGUUGCCGUCCACCGUGUGCCACAUGCUGACUCGGGCAAUCGCUUUCCUAAGAAUGUCAUAGCUAAAUUCACCAAUAGGACCCUCCGCGACAACAUAAUCUCGGCAUACCGCUCCACAAAGGGGCUGGACUCGAGUAAACUUUCAAUGAGCGGUACUCCAGCUAGAAUUUACAUCAACGAGCACCUUACUCUAAACAAUAAAAUAUUGUUUCGACAGUGCCGGGAGGCAGCAAAAAAGGAAGGAUUUAAAUACGUCUGGGUCAAACACGGCAGCAUCCUGGUGCGCAAGUCGGAUACCUCCCCGGUCUCCUCCAUUCGGUCAAUCGCUGACAUCAGUAAAAUUAAGUAAUUACCGUGAUAAGUGCAAAAAAUAUGUGUGUAACACUGAGUACAAAGCAGCAUAUAAUAAUAAUAUAAUGUGUUCUUGUGGGUACGUACAUACGAUAACUAAAAGCAGAGUAACCUUCUAUCCCGUGUUAUGUAGUGUGUGGACGAGCGAUGGCCAAUUAAAUCAAGUGUUUUUAAAUGGUCAGAAGACCUAUAGUUUUCUAGUUCUAGUUUGCCUGUUGUCUGUGCUAAGAAAAUUACUUUGCGAUUACUCUCUAUACUGUAAACUAACCAAACAAAAUUUGCAAUGCAAUGUAAUAAUGAUUGGAAGUGCAGACGUUAUAAAUAUUAAUUUUACAAUUUCUAAUCUCGAGUGUUCAAGUAAAGCUGUUUUUUUGAUGGGGUUCAUACAUAAAUAUGUGUGUGAAGCAAUGCAAUGUGUAAUCAACUGUUUAAUAUUUUUACAUGGUACAUAUUAUCAUAUAAUAUAUUAUGUAAUAGUGGUUGGAAGUGUAGACGUUAUAAAUAUCAAUUUAACUAUUUCUAAUUUCAAGUACUCAAUUAUAACUGUAUGUUUUUUUGUGGAGUUCAUACUCAAAUAUGCCUCUGAAGCAAUGCAAUCUGUAAUCAUCUUUUUACUCUCUUUACUUUAUACGUAUUACUGUAUAAUUGCUUCACUUCUAAGUAGCACUUCGAUAACUUUAAUUGAGUACCUAUCAGGUAACGGUGUGGCAAUGGUUUCAUGUCGUUUGUGUUGUGCCAUUCUUGAUGUUGUUCUGAAGGGUUUCAGA